AUGGUAGUCAAGAUGGAUGAAGAGCAAAAUGACCCAAGUUGUUCUCUUACAGUUGAGGGUGAAAAAUAUAAUGACACAGGAGCACCGAGCGCUGAUGGAGAUGCUGACAAGGAUUCUUGUUCUUCCUCCUCUUCAUCGAGUGAUUCUUCAAGUGAUGAUGAUAAGAAAAAGAAGAAGAAGAAAAAGGACAAGAAGAAGAAGAAAAAGAAAGACAAGAAAAAGGACUCAGUAUCUUCUAGCAGUGAUGAUGACAAGAAGAAAAAGAAGAAAAAAGACAAAAAGAAGAAAAAGAAGAAGAAGGAGGACUCCACCACAUCCAAAUCACCUGAUAGCGACAAGGAGAAUAAAGAGAAGGACAAGAAGGAAAGCCCUGAAGGUGACCAGAGCGCCGAGCCUACACCAGAAGUUUCAGCCUCGGGCGUCAGUGCACCUUCUGCCUACAUCGACGGCCAAUCCGCUCAGAGUGGCACCGGGUCCUCAUCCUUUGUUUCUCUCCCCUCCAUUGUGACGACUAAUCCUCAGAAUCCUUCAGACACCUACAAGUCAACCUACACCAGCACCCACCUGAGUGUCGGAGACAGGGCUCGAACUCCCAGCCCCAUGGAGUCCUUGAUGGGGAGUCCCAGGAGGUAUGGAGAUGGAACGACCAGGACCACCACCGCUCUCUCCUCACAUGACCUCCUGAGAGGCUCCAAGCCUUACCAACAAUAAUAUGACAGAUUGAAAAGGUUACUGAUCAUACUGUUUAAAAAAAGAAAUGGAUUACACUUGCAAUUAAAAAAAAUGUGAUCAGCACCAAAGGUGUGUUCUGGCUGCUUUUUAGUUCUGGAUUCAAACACGUAUAUUGAACGUACAAGCAAAUAAGACACGGUUUCUUCUCUGUUGGCUUCUUGAGAGUUGGCAGAAUGAAUAAAAUUAAGAGAAACAUGUUGCAUGUAUGUUGUUUGAAAAUUAAAAUAGGGGAAAAUGCCUCAUUUUAAAGCAUAUUUGUCAACUUCAUUAAAAAAUUCCAAAUGUUUGCUUUGUGAAAUAAACCUUUGAUGUCA